UCCAAAAAUCUUUUAAUAGGUUAUAUUGAUGAUUAUCACAACUUGCAUAGUACUCGAAUUCCAAAUGUAACAUCUACUUCCCAAAUUGCUCAUAUGGCAACUUUUUUGUUUGAUACAGUUUCUAUACCACCCAUUCCAUAUUACAAUGAAAAUAAUGACCCAAUACAUAAUCCAAAAGGAGUUGAUGCUUCAAUUAUCAAAAAUGCUCUUCAUGAUGAGUAUAUGAUUUUAUUAGCAAAAAUUUAUUCAUAUGACAUUGAUAUUUAUGAAAAAUAUGGACAUAAGUUUACUCAAACUAAACUUGUUGAUUUUGUUGAACUUGACUUAAAAAAUACAAAAAAUUAUCUUCAAGCUGUUGAUUCAUUUAUAAG